AUGCGACCUCUGUUCCAGUCGCAACUUGCCCCUCUCCCUCAGGACCUUCCCUUCCGAAUCGUCUCCAAAACGGUAGGAAGGGGCGCAUAUGCAUCUAUAAAAAAGGCCGUACCGCUGGACGCCCCUACACCCGUCUUCGCCGUCAAACUGAUUCACAAGGGCUACGCUCUCAAGAAUGGCCGCCUCUCGUCCAAGCAGCUGGCCAUGGAGGUCUCCCUCCACUCUCACAUCGGCCAACACCCCAACGUGAUAGAGUGGUUCGCCUCGGGUGAGGACGCCACGUGGCGCUGGAUAGCCAUGGAGUUCGCUGAAGGAGGAGACCUGUUUGACAAGAUCGAGGCCGACGUCGGCGUGCGCGAGGACGUCGCCCAGGUCUACCUCUGCCAGCUCAUCGGCGCCGUCAGCUUCAUCCACUCCAAGGGCGUCGCUCACCGCGACCUCAAGCCUGAGAACAUCCUCAUGUCGCAGGACGGGGCGCUCAAGCUUGCCGACUUCGGAAUGUCCACCAUGUUCGAGUACAAGGGCCAGCGCAAGAUGAGCAGCACCAUGUGCGGCAGCCCACCCUACAUUGCUCCCGAGAUUCUGGCCUGCGGUCGUGUCGACAAGACUUCCUCCAGCGCCCCUACAAAGUACUCGCCCGACCUCGCCGACAUUUGGUCCUGCGGCGUCAUCCUCUUCGUCCUGCUGGUCGGAAACACACCUUGGGAUGAGCCCUCGCCUGAUAGCUGGGAGUUCAGCGAAUACGUCCGCACCGGUGGCAAGAGCUCCGACGCCCUAUGGAAGAACAUCCCCCAGGAGGCCCUCUCACUCGUACGCGGCAUGAUGAACGUUGACCCUCAGAAGCGCUUCAAUUUCAACAAGAUACGGCAGCACCCCUGGUACACAAGACGCAACCCCUUCCUGACGUCCGAGGGCAAGGUCUCGGACCCCCUCAACCUCGCCACCAGAAUGCUCGAAAACCUCCACAUCGACUUCUCCCAGCAGCCCAACUCGCAACGCGACCCGGCCACGGACGAUAUGGAUCUCGACACAGGCCUCAACGCCGGCCGCUUCUCCUCGACCCAGCCCGAGGCUCCCAUAACGCCCAUCACAGACAUCGACUGGGACUGGGAACGCCCGACUCUGCGGGCUGCUGCCGCCCCGGCCUCGUCAGUGCCCGCGCAAGGACAAGGCGUGGGCCGCGUGCUCCCCAGCUUCCUGGCCGAUGAGCCGUCCAUGUCACAGUUUUCGCUCAACCCAGGCCCCUCGAUGACGAUGACCCAGCACGCACGUCGCUUCGCAGACAUCUGCCCCCAAGAAUCCCUGACACGCUUCUUCUCCCACGUCCCCCCGGCACACCUCGUCCAGAUGCUCGGCGACGCCCUCCACCACCUCAACGUGCCUCUUGCGCCCGUCACGCCCAACCUCUACAGCAGCGAUGUUGCCACCAUCAGGGUCAAGACGCUAGAUGGGCGGCAGCAGAACUUGCACGGUGAGGUCAAGGUCCAUAAACACAACCUGGUCGACGGCGAGGUGCUCGACGUGACCUUUGUAAAAAUCAAGGGUGAUCCGCUCGAGUGGCGACGCUUCUUCAAGAAGGUCGUGGUGCUCUGCAAAGACGGCGUGUAUGUCCCAGAAGCUUAG